AUGCCCAGCUUCACACAUCGCCAUGCCCAGCUUUACACAUCACCACGCCCAGCUCCACACAUCGCCACGCCCAGUUUCACACAUCGCUACACCGCCACGCCCAACUUCACACAUCGCCACGCCCAGCUUCACACAUCGCCACGCCCAGCUCCACACAUCGCCACGCCCAGCUCCACACAUCGCCACGCCCAGUUUCACACAUCGCUACACCGCCACGCCCAACUUCACACAUCGCCACGCCCAGCUCCACACAUCGCCACGCCCAGCUCCACACAUCGCCACGCCCAGCUCCACACAUCGCCACGCCCAGCUCCACACAUCGCCACGCCCAGUUUCACACAUCGCUACACCGCCACGCCCAACUUCACACAUCGCCACGCCCAGCUCCACACAUCGCCACGCCCAGCUCCACACAUCGCCAUGCCCAGCUUCACACAUCGCCAUGCCCAGCUUUACACAUCACCACGCCCAGCUUUACACAUCACCACGCCCAGCUUCACACAUCACCACGCCCAGCUCCACACAUCGCCACGCCCAGCUUCACACAUCGCCACGCCCAGCUCCACACAUCGCCAUGCUCAGCUCCACACAUCGCCACGCCCAGUUUCACACAUCGCUAUACUGCCACCCCCAACUUCACACAGCGCCACGCCCAGCUUCACACAUCGCCAUGCCCAGCUCCACACAUCGCCAUGCCCAGCUCCACACAUCGCCACGCCCAGUUUCACACAUCGCUACACCGCCACGCCCAACUUCACACAUCACCACGCCCAGCUCCACACAUCGCCACGCCCAACUUCACACAUCGCCACGCCCAGCUCCACACAUCGCCACGCCCAACUUCACACAUCGCCACGUCCAGCUUCACACAUCGCCACGCCCAGCUUCACCGUCGCCACGCCCAGCUUCACACGUCGCCACGCCCAGCUUCACACGUCGCCACGCCCAGCUUCACCCUUUCGCCACGCCCAUCUCCACACUUCGCCAUGCCCAGCUCCACACAUCGCCACGUCCAGCUUCACACAUCACCACGUCCAGCUCCACACAUCGCCACGCCCAGCUUCACGCAUCGCCACAUCACACAAUAUAUCUGGAGGGCGGUGA